GUCUUCGACGCGUUCAAAAAACACAUUGUGUGCUCGUCGUGCAUCUCUUGGUAUCAGAUCGUGAAGAUGAGGCUGCCCGGAGAAUACCUGAGCCAUGGAUGCCUUCAUAUCAAAGAAGCGAAGGCGCUUGUCAGAUGACGACAAACCAUCUCUACCCUCUGACCGCUCCGAUCAGCAGCACGAUCAUGAAGACAGCACAGAGUUGAAGCUCGCUCUGCUUGCAUCCUUGCAUCCUGAUAUUGCCCAGGACACAUUGCUCGAAGCCCUGCUUUGUUCCGAGGGCCAAGUUGAUAUCGCUUCCGAGAGUCUGGCAAAGGACAGAGCCACGUCUUUGGAUCAAUCCAAGAGAGCCAAAACCGUGGGUCAUCAAUCUACACUGGCCAAUCUGCUUCGCUCUGCUGGCGCCGAUCCUCCCUCGAUAAAGAAGCUUGCAAAGAAUGGCAAGACGCUAUUCUUGUACAGCCCUCAGGAUAUUGAGACAAACACGCCAUGUUCCAUCAUUCACAAUUUUCUCCCUGUUGACGAAGCGAAUGCCUUGCUUGAGGAGCUUCUUGAGGAGUCAAAGACUUUUGAAAAGGAGACUUUUCAGCUCUUUGAUCGGACGGUUGAGAGUCCGCAUACCAUGUCAUUUUACGUCGACAGCUUCAACGAAGUAGAAGAGCAGAAAACAACUUACGUUUACAAUGGCAGUCGUAUCAAAGACAUCCGACAAACACCUUCAAAAAUGUUGUCUGCGUCUGCAAAGGUUUGCCAAGCUGUCAAUGGCGAGAUUCAGCGUCGAAUCGCACACUUCUACCCUAAAGGUGAGAAGUUGAAGUACCAAGACCCCAAAGAGUGGAAGCCAAACACCGCCUUUGUCAACUGCUAUGACGGUCCCCAACAGAGCGUCGGUUACCACGCUGAUCAGUUGACAUACCUUGGUCCCCGAGCCGUCAUCGGCAGCCUCUCUCUAGGCGUUGCUCGAGAGUUCAGGGUCCGCAAAAUUGUCCCCAAAGAUACAAAUAACGCUUCCGAAGAUGCAAGUGCAGCAAUUUCACAAGGCCAGAUCUCCAUCCAUCUACCUCACAACUCCUUGCUCGUCAUGCACGCGGAGAUGCAGGAGACAUGGAAGCAUUCAAUAGCUCCGACCACUGCCAUUGACCCACAUCCUAUUGCUGGAAACAAACGGAUCAACGUCACCUAUAGGUACUACAAACCUAGUUUUCAUCCCAACUUCACGCCAAAGUGCCACUGCGAUAUCCCCACUGUACUCAGAUGCGUACAAAAGAAGUCUGAGAACUUGGGUCGGUACAUGUGGAUGUGUCAUGCUGGCUAUACACCUGGUCAGAAAGGCUGUACCUUCUUCAAGUGGGCAGAGUUUGAUGACAAUGGCGAGCCUCCGUGGAAAGACAAAGUCGAGCAAGCUGAGUCUACCGGCUAGAAUCACGUUCAUUGUUUCUGUUGCGCAUUCUUACGGGUAUAAAUUCUGACCUUCUCUUCUCAUUCCACACUGAGCUUCUCUAGCGUCCGAGCCGAUAUGAGUCGUUCUAUACAGGAUGAGCUUCCCUCUUGCUUUCACGACCCUACUGGAGAUGUGAUCAUCUCGAUGCUGCAUGUCCGUCGAGAUUGGGUUCGGGAUGCAAGUGUCAGUGCGAUAGACAUGCGCAUAGCCAGCAACAAGCUCAACGCAGUUUCUCCAUGCCUCUCGUUGACUCUGAAUCAGCGACU